AUGUCGCCAUCCGUACGCAGUGUCGAAUCGGUGGUUAUCCCUGACCUCAUUGCUAUGGAGCCUUUUGAGUUUCGCAUUAACCCUCUCGAUUCGAUCAUUGGGCCUGCCACAGACAAGUGGCUCGAAACGCCAGGUGUCCUUACAACGAAGAAAAUGCAGAAGACACAGAAAGUACUGAACGCGGGACUGCUGGGUGCUAUGUGUUGGCCGGACAUAAAUGACAGGGAGCGCCUCCAAGUUUGCACAGAUUUCGUCAACUUUCUCUUCCAUCUUGACGAUCUUACGGAUGAUAUGGAUGGAAAGAGUGCAGAGACUGUUAGGGAGGCGGUAAUUGACCCGAUGGAUAACCCAGAGAAGUGGAUGAAGAAAAUCGAACGGGGAGAAGCCCACGGCAUCUCAGCUUUGGCGCUUGAUCUGUGGUUGCGUAUCUGUCAUACAGCUACCCCGGUAGUUUCCAAGCGCUUUAGGGAUACGUUUGACACGUUCUUCGUUGCGGUGACGGAGGAGGCUGUAGACCGCAAAAAGAAGGUUAUCCGUGGCGUCCAAGACUACAUCGAUCGUCGUCGUGUCAACGGGGCUGUCCGAUCUUGCUUCGCUUUAAUCGAAUACGCGAAUGAUUUCGAGCUUCCGGAAGAAGUAUUCGACCAUCCGACCAUCCGAAAGCUUGAAGAUUGGGCGAACGAUCUGAUAACCUGGGCAAAUGACAUCUUAUCCUUCCCGAUUGAAUACGAGCGUGGUGACUCGUCCAAUAUAGCGAUGUCCGUCAUGCAUGAGAAGGGUCUCGGAGUUCAAGAUGCGAUGGACCACUCCAGCAAGCUCUUCGGCGAUGUGGUCGAGAAUUACGUUACAGCCCGAGCUACGCUGCCAAGUUGGGGACCAGAGAUCGACAAAAUGGUAGAACUGUAUCUCCAUGGCAUGGAGUACUGGGUUAUAGGCUCCACCGAGUGGUGCUUUUGGACCCAGCGGUAUUUCGAGGAUGGGCUGGCGGUCAGAGAAAAGCGGGUGAUAGAAUUCCAACGUCCUGAGAAGGCUACGUAG